GCAGACGGCAUCAACCGCCGGCAGUUCAUUCUCAGCAAUCCUGGCCAGAUCAAAGAGUUCUACAAGCUGGACUCGAAGAAGAUCGGCGAGGGCACUUAUGGCUCCGUUGCCAUCGGCGUGCAUCAGCAGACCAAUGUGGAGCGUGCAGUCAAGACCAUGUCAAAGGGUAACAUCAAACAUGUGGAGCGCUUCAUGCAGGAGAUUAACAUCAUGAAGUCCAUGGACCACCCCAACAUCAUCAAGCUCUUCGAGACCUUCGAGGACCGGAAGCAGAUCUUCUUGGUCAUGGAGCUUUGUCAGGGAGGGGAGCUUUUCGACCGCAUCAUUGAAGCAGGGCACUUCACG